AGUCAAGAGAUGGCUCUUGUUGAGGAUUAUGUUUCCUUUCUCUUCUCCAGUCCCACCACAGUGUUGGGAGCUGCUGUUCUCCUGCUCACUUUUUAUGUUUUCUUUUUCAACUUGAUCAAUAUUCAGAAGGGACAGGAGCCUCCAGGACCAAGACCUCUGCCACUUUUUGGAAACCUGUUACAACUUGAUCUCAAGAAACCUCACCAAAGCUUGUGUGAGCUAUCGAAGAAAUAUGGGUCUGUAUUCACUGUUCACUUUGGAAUCAAGAAAGUGGUGGUCUUGGCUGGGUAUCAGACGGUCAAAGAGGCUCUGGUUAAUUACGCAGAAGAGUUUGGAGAUCGAGACAUAACCCCUAUAUUUGAGGAUUCGAAUCGAGGUCAUGGAAUAUUGUUUGCAAACGGAGACUCGUGGAAGGAGAUGAGACGUUUUGCCCUUUCUACUCUAAGAGACUUUGGGAUGGGCAAACGAAUUGCUGAGACCAAAAUUUUGGAUGAGUGUGACCACCUGGUUGAGGUGUUGGAAAACCACCAAGGGAAACCAUUUGACACUACACCUCCUCUGACUCAUGCAACAGCUAAUAUCAUAUCUUCCAUUGUGUAUGGAAGCAGAUUUGAAUACAACGAUUUUCGAUUCCAAAACCUGGUUUCUCGAGCCAAUGAGAAUAUCCGUCUUGUAGGUUCUCCAUCAAUUCUGCUUUACAACAUGUUUCCACGCUUGACCAGUUGGGUGAAAAAUCGACACCAGAUCCUAAGAAACGCACAGCUGACCAUCAGUGAUGUGAAGGAUUUAGUCAAACAGCUGAGAGAGACUCUGAUCCCUCACUCAUGCAGAGGACUGGUGGACUGUUUUCUCAUCCGGAAGCAGAAAAAUGAAGACUCUUCUGUUGGGGCGUCACAGUUCACUGAGGAGAAUUUGACAUUCACAGUGACCAACUUGUUUGCAGCUGGUACCGAUACGACAGCAACUACCCUGAGAUGGGCUCUACUUCUCAUGGCCAAAUAUCCAGAGAUUCAGGACAAGGUUCAGGAGGAACUGAGCAGGGUGGUGGGAAACCGUCAGGUGCGAGUGGACGAUCGGAAAAACCUGCCAUACACCGACGCCGUCAUCCAUGAGACACAGAGACUGGCCAACAUCGUCCCCAUGUCUCUUCCUCACAAAACCAGUCGAGACGUCACCUUCCAGGGAUUCUUCAUCAAAAAGGACACAAGUGUGUUUCCUCUCCUCACUUCUGUCCUGUACGAUGAGAGUAAAUGGGAGAGCCCACACACGUUCAACCCCUCUCAUUUCCUGGACGCAGAGGGUAAAUUCAUUUCGAGCGAUGCUUUCCUGCCUUUUUCUGCAGGUCGCAGAGCGUGUCUUGGAGAGAGUCUGGCUAAGAUGGAGCUCUUCCUCUUCUUCACCUGCCUCCUCCAGCGUUUCCGUUUCACUCCUCCAGCUGGGGUUCUCCCCAGCGAAUUAGAUCUGACAGCUGCUGUUGGUUUCACACUCAACCCUUUACCUCAUGAGCUUUGUGCUGUGAAUCGCCAGUGAGGAACAGAGCUGCAGUGCGGCGUUUAAAUGCAUUUGCUUUUGAGUCACAUUAAGUUUAUGUAUGUUGUGGCUUUUUGCAAGACCAAUCAUGAGGAGUCUGGGUUUAGGUGCUCUCGGAAGGUUUAUUUAGGAUUUCUGAGAAUACAAUCACAGGCUGGCUGAGAGCAAGGCAGCAGGUCUGAGCAGAACUCCUUUGCUCUCAUGGGUUCCUCUUCAGCUUAUUGGUAACACUCUCCAAAAUAACGUGCUAUUUUUCAUGACUCCUGGCGUUUGGGAACUGAGUCUGUGCAGUAUUCCAAGACUCAAACUCAAAUUUUAAAUCGGUCCCUCCUUUUUUUUUUUAAAUUUUUUUUCAGAAAAUAAAGAUGGAAAUUCAAAUUUUAACAAUUAAUCUAUGAUGAGAGACCGUUUCACUAAUGUCAGACCAGAGUGUGAUUGCUUUUAUCAGAUUUGUAGCUUGUUACUGUUUAGAAUUUUAAUGAGUCAACAUCAAUAAACAAAUGCCAAAUGUA